UAAUAUCAUUAGAAAAUGGAUUUAACCAUUUUCAAUAAUUAAUUAAUCAUUUAUUUAUUCAUGCCAAUUAACAUUAAGGAUAUUUUUCCAGAAAAUUAGACCUCCAGGUAUGAUUUCUCUUUCUUCACACAUUAUGUUUAUUAUUACUGCAUUUAAAAAAAAACCCAAGAUAUUAUAUUUAUUUAUUAUCAAAUGAGGGUUCAUUUGAAUUGCAACUUGCUGGAUCCCUUUUGUUCCGCCAGCCCCACCCCCUCCCCCAAAAAAGUGCUGCACUAAUUUGAUCAUGACAAUCAUCUGCAGAGCCCCCUGCAGGAUCUCCCAGGAAUCACACCUGCCUUUGCCCACCUCCUGCCUGCCUCCGCUUCAACAGAAGCUGUGCGGCAUCCGGAUGCCGAAGCGCAGCGCCGUCACGUCCAGCUGGACGCCUGACAGACGGCUCCCUGCUCCCGGUAUGGCCGCGCGCGCCCGCAGCGAAGCCGCGCCGCCCGGACGGAUGGCGGAGUGAGUGAGAAUGCGCUUCCCCAGCUCCAUCUUUGUGUCGGUGUCUCUGUUCACGGCCGAGACCACGGCAGCGCUGUACCUCAGUUCCACAUACAGCUCCGCCGGGGACCGGAUCUGGCAGGGGCUCACGCUGCUCUUCACGCUCCUGGCGUCGGUGCUCGUGCAACUCACGCUCACCUUCAUCCACCGAGACCUGAGCAGGGACCGCCCGCUGGUGCUGCUGCUGCACAUCCUGCAGCUCGGUCCAGUCGUCAGGUGUCUGGAGGCGUUCUGCAUCUAUGGCAGCGUGGGCCGCAUGGAGGAGCCGUACGCCAGCAUCACCAGGAAGAAGCAGAUGCCCAGCGAGGGUCAGUCUGAGGAAGUGGAGCGGCAAGUGGGGCAGGCAGAGGGCAAGCUGUUCACACAUCGAGCGGCUUUUGCUCGCACCUCCGUCAUUCAGGCAUUCCUGGGGUCGGCCCCCCAGCUGACCCUGCAGCUCUACAUCUGUGUCGUCCAAAGGGGCGUGUCCAUCGGAAGAGGGACCCUGAUGGUGAUCUCCCUGCUGUCCAUCGUGUAUGGCGCCCUGCGCUGCAACAUCCUGGCAAUCAAAAUAAAGUACGACGACUACGAGGUGGACGUGCGGCCCUUGUCUUACAUCUGCAUUUUCCUGUGGAGGAGCUUCGAGAUCGCAACCCGGGUGGUGGUCCUGGUCCUGUUCAGCUCGGUUCUGCAGCUCUGGAUCCUCCCGGUGGUUUUUGGCAACUUUCUCGUCUUCUUCUUCUACCCGUGGAUCUUGUUUUGGCAGAGUCACUGCCCGUUCCCGGAGAACAUAGAAAAAACCCUCACCAGGGUGGGAACCACCAUCGUGCUUUGUCUUCUCACCUUCCUCUACGCUGGAAUCAACAUGUUCUGCUGGUCAGCCGUGCAGGUGAAGCUGAACGACCCAGACCUCAUCAAUAAGUCCCAGAACUGGUACCGCAUGGCUGUUUACUACAUGCUGCGCUUUGUGGAGAACGCCUCCUUGCUUCUGCUGUGGUACGUCUACAGAACGGACGUCUACGAGGUGGUCUGCGCCCCGCUGCUGGUUCUGCAGCUGCUGGUGGCCUACGCCACCGCCAUCUUCUUCAUGCUGGUCUUCUACCAGUUCUGCCACCCGUGUCGAUGGCUCUUCUCCUCCAGCAUGACCCAGGGCUUGUGGGAUUGCUCGUCCCUCCUCUGCGUCACGUGCAGGUCUGCGGCGCCUCAGAGCCGGCCGAUGGAGAAGGCCGUGCCGGAGCCAUCCCCGCAGAAACACUCGGCCAGCGACCGAGUCAGUGGCAGCACAGAUGACCUACCCGACGACACGUCCUACGACAUGCUCAACGACACAACCUUUGACAUUCCUAAUGAGCCAGAAAACAACACCGGAGGCGGGGCCAAUGGAGAUCUAAGCCACAGUUUGGCCUGUAACGUUUAACCUUUAAUAUCUGAACUUUAGCUCCAGUCUUGACGUCCUUUCGUAACUCUUAAACUGUUUACACAAUCAACAUAACUCCAGCUGAUUCUGAAAAAAAGCAGCUUUGCGACACUUUAGGUUAGUAAAGGUGCACGGCUGAUGUAAAAAAACGCUUUCCUCUGCGACAGAAUCAGCAGAUUUGUGUGGAUCGCGAAGAGUUAAGCUGUGUCGGUUAUUUAGGUGUUGCCGGCGACAUCUCCGGUGUUGAAAGGCUAAGGACCAGCUGACCUCACGUGCCAUUCAGAAAUCAUCCACGCCUUCAAAGUGCCACGUGAAUCCGCACACACCAAGCACACGGGAGUCCUUCAACGCAUGGAGGAAGUGCUCGCCCAUCAUUGGUUAACCUCUCAUGCUGCAGCCUCCAGUAAUAAACCCAUAAACUCCAUAUGCUGCAUCAUUAACCGCAAGGAGCGGUGCGCCUGAACUCCUCAAAUGAUUGUAUAUUUGGUGUCUCAGACGUUGUCUGAUGGUUCAAAACCAGGGGGAAUUACCCUCAUCGCCAGUUUUAUGGCUGAAAGCAAUGUUGUUGUUUUUUUCUUUGUUUCAAUCCUCGAUAAGAGCUUUAAAAAAUGAACAGAUGCUGAUGUCGCGCUUUUGCUCUUUUUUUCAUCCACAAGAGGCAGAAGUCUGUUGGAUCACUAGUCCCGGGAAGCACAGGCAUGUCCCACAAAGCUCAAACGCUUUCUGCACGUUUAUAACCAUAAACAAAUGAAUGAAAUGUCUUUUGGGUACAGAUAUGCCAUGCCUCAGUGAUGUGAAAUGCUUAGCUAACGCUGCUCGCGUUAUCAGCUUGAACCAUUGACGGUAUAUGAGAACUGGACCGAGCGAGUGGGACGUCACCCGUAGAAAAUGACUUACUAACAGUUCCAACUAAAUGACGUUAAUAAGCCGCCAUUUUUCCACGGUAUGGACGUUAGUAAGCAGCGAUUGGUCCAAGUUGAUCUGAGUCAAUAUUUCUAUGGCAACCUCUCACCAAUCAGGAGAGAGCUUGUUGGAAGUUCACACCCCUACCACUUGAAAGCGAGCUGGGAAUCAAACGUUUUGAACAUGUGAUGUGACAUCACGUCCUUUUACGGAGGCAUCUGAUUGGUCAGUUUAUAACUUAACUAAAAAUAUAGCAUUAACCCUUGUGCUAUCCUGGGCACUUUAACAUUGGGAGUGGGGUCAUCUGGAC